AUGCACGGCGACGACAAUGAUCUACGAGCAUUGCGAUGGAUUCACCGUCGAGUGAUCGAUACUGGCGAGUUAGAAACGCGGUACAGAAACGCACUCAAGAAUCGUCAACUGAAAACACUGAGUCGUCUACGUCUCGAACGGACCAUUCAAGACGAUCCUAGAGGGCAUGAUAGCGUCGAAGUCGCUCAGGUCAUCCGGGACCUGGCGAGAUGGUAUAUGGCAAAUUUGCCAUUGGCUAUGAAUCGAAAGGUCGCACGCUGGCCGUCCCACAAGGAGGAGCUCGAGGAGCCCCGAGACCUAGGCGCAGGUUGGGCCGCUGAGAUCGUUGCGAAGCGGGAUGAUGAUCGAUAA